AUGGCCUCCCAAGCUGCAUUGUUCUUGGAUCCCAAGGGAUCCAAAAGACGAGCUCAAAGCACUGGUAAUUCUCCCGCUUCUCUAUCCCCCGCGUGUGAUUUGCUUCCCAUGGACCCUGUCGCAAUGCCUUGCGUGUCAUGCCCCGGUGAACCAAGGACUUGGACUUUUUCAGAAACUGCUUCCCCUGUUUUCCCUGUUCCUUGUUCUAGCGAUUCUUCUGCAUCAUCCCAGGCCAAUGCAAUGGAUCGCGAAGAACUUCUUGACUCGGCUGGGGCUAUCCAUCUUAAUACAGAGAUGGACAAUCGGCCUAUGUCUGCGGAUAUGGUUGAUCCAGAUGUGUCUUGUGUCUCUUCUGCCACUCAGAUAGAUAAUUCCAUCAAAAGUGGAGAGAUUGUUGCCCCAGCUGAGUCUUCUGCCCCUUGUGAUUUGCAUCCAAUUGGCCUAUCUUGCUUUUCUUCCCCCAAUGAAGCUUCUACUAUUACAUCUCCCCAGCCAGACCCCAUGGCUCUCGGUUCCCCGGAUUUCCCAGGCUCACUUUCAGAAGGUACAGGAAAACAUCGAGUAAAUGGUUCAUCCCCUGCCCCACCCAUGGCUCCCGCAGGCACUGUAACCAUUUCACGUCUUCACCAACCACAUCUUCGCGCGUCGCCAAAUGUGUCACCGGAAACCUCCACUCCAGCUCUGAAUUCAGGGCCCAAUGUGCAAUUCACCACCAUUCAUGACGAAAGCGAUGAAAGCGAUACCAAACGAAGUUUCUGCGAGAUCAGUGAUGAUGAUAAAGACAACGUUCAUCGUCCCAAUUUGAUCGAAAACGUCUACGAUGUCGAAGCGCGGAAGCACCAACUGACAAAGAAAGUAAAAACCGAGCAUGAUUUUGAACAGAAAUCCAACACACCCAAAGCAUCGAUCUCAAUUUCUGGAGAUAGCGGACUGGGGAAGUGGAUGAAAGCGGAAGAUGGAAAAACAACCCCGACUUCUACUGCAACGGCCCCGAUUCCUGAAGACAGCGGACUUUGCAAUAGGGUCAAGGAAGAGGGUGGAAAGGCAACAUCGAUUGCUACUGCAUCCGCCGUUAUUGAUCUAACAGCAGAUAUCGGCCAUACACCCAAGGAAGAUGAUGAGGUGCUAUGCACUGGUUCCACAGAUCUCGGCGCCCAGCGUGUCUGCUUUGGCAAAGUUGAUGAUGCAAUGAUCAUUGCCCAUACGGUCCCCAAACCAGGAGCCUGUGUGUCCAACGACUUCUCUCACAAUUGGCCAUCUAUUAAAUUAGAUCUGCAACGCCAGCGAGUCGAAGGAAAUUUCCGAAUUGAUGUUGCAGACCCUCAUGGCCGAGUUUUCGGUACAGUUGACCCUAAAACGGCACGAGCUCUCUGUCCACUCCUAGACUCUGGAAUAGCCACCAUGGAAGUGACAGGCGUGUUGGAUACCCGAAAGGCGGCACCGAAUGAAGUAAUUUGGGGCCCCACCUCAGGCAUAUGGCGUGCAAGUCUCAAUCUCUAUGGCCAACGAAAGCAUGGAGAAGGUGUCGGCAACUUUUUGGCUCAUCGCAAUAUCUGGCUCGGAACUCCAAAUUUCGUGGACAAAGGGGUGACUGUAUUCAACCCACACGCAGAGCGCCGCCGCCAACUUGCCGCUGAUUUAGAGCGUCCUCAGCCUGGACCAAGCAUCCGAUACGAAUCGCGCACUGCCGAGGAGGCCAAUGAUGCAGUCAUGAAAAUGUUCGACCAGCUCGCCAAUGUGAACAUUCCGACGAUGGAGCCGUCUAGUCACAUAACCACACCAUUGCUUCAUCAUCAAAAGCAAGCAUUGUGGUUCAUGACAGAGAAAGAAAAGCCUCGCAAAUUUGGAUGGAAAGAAAAAGACAACAAUUCCUUAUGGCGCAUGGUUCGUACGCCUAGUGGCAAGAUACAGUACCGUGAAAUCAUCAGUGGCCUUAUUCAAGAGCACAAGCCCGAGGAAGCCCUAGGAGGCCUGUUGGCUGACAUGAUGGGCCUUGGCAAGACUUUGAGUAUUCUUUCGCUGAUCACAGCAUCACUCAAAUUAGCUGGUGAGUGGACGGAGAUGGCUCCUAAUCCUAUUCUCGUUCGCCAAAUUCCAGGAAUCCGCAACACGCGGACAACUCUUUUGGUUGUCCCGUUAAGUGCAGUGAGCAACUGGGUUACGCAAAUCAAAGAUCAUCUCAAGCCACGCUCCAUGACCUACUAUGUCUUCCACGGCCCAAACCGCACAACUGAUUUCAUGGAACUUUCGGAGUAUGAUAUCAUUAUCACUACAUACAGCACCAUCCUUAGCGAGAUCUCGGGGCGUGGCGCCAAAAGCGGCAAGCUCAGCCCUUUGACAAGAAUGAAUAUGUUCCGGAUUGUUCUCGACGAAGCCCAUGUCAUCAGAGAACAAAAUGCAGCACAGACCAAGGCGAUCCUUGGUCUUCACUCCGAGCGUCGGUGGUCAGUCACUGGAACCCCAAUUCAAAACCGCAUGGAAGAUCUUCUGUCCGUGACCAGGUUUUUGCGCAUUACCCCUUACGAUCAACGAGCUCAAUUUUCCCAACAUGUGUACAACCCGGUCAAAAAUGGGGACCCGAAUGCACUUACCAGAUUGCGAGUUCUGGUAGAUUCAUUCACCUUACGUAGAGUCAAGGACAAAAUCAAUCUGCCGCCCAGAGAAGACAACAUCGUCACACUCCCGUUCAGCGAUCAAGAACAGCAAGUGCAUGACUUCUUCCGUGCGGAAUCGCACGUGAUGAUGAAUGUCAUUGCAGGUGAGGACAAACGCAAGAUAAGCGGUCGGAUGUAUCACCAUGUUUUGAAAGCCAUGAUGAUCCUCCGCCAAGUCAGUGCUCAUGGAAAAGAGCUGCUCGAUAUCACAGAUCGGGAGAGAAUCAAGGGAUUAUCCGCCCACGACGCAAUUGACUUGGAGGACAGUGAACCAGACGAAACCCCCGCAGUCAUAGACAAGAAGGCAUAUGAACUCUUCAGCCUCAUGCAGCAAAACUCCGUUCCCCGCUGCGGCAACUGCAAUCGAGUACUUGGUGAACAGACAAAUACAAUGGGAGCUAAUCAUCGCGACUCUCCAAUGGCCAUCUUCCUGCCAUGUCACGAUGUGUUCUGCCCCGAUUGCUUUUCUGGCUGGAAACACGCUUAUGAUUCUGGUUUUGAGACCCAGACCCGGUGCCCUAGAUGCGAAGGCUGGAAUCCUCCGAAAUACUCCACAAUCACCCCUGCUGGCUUCGAGGAAUACGAGGCUCAAAUGGAACGUGAUCGACAAACCCGGAGACUCGGCAAGAAUCUCGGCGAGUACGAAGGGCCUCACACUAAAACUAUUGCGCUCAUCGAUUACCUCAAGCAAAGUGUCGAGGACAGCAAAAGGCUCGUCGGCCAAUCGCCUAUCAAGAGUAUUGUAUUCUCUGCAUGGACCUCGCACCUGGAUCUCAUCGAGAUCGCCUUGCAUAGCAACGGACUUGACGGGUUCACCCGACUUGAUGGAACCAUGACCCUCGCAGCACGCACAAAGGCACUCGAGGAAUUUGCCAAAAACGAUAAUAUCACAGUCUUGCUGGCAACCAUUGGUGCUGGUGGUGUGGGUCUCAAUCUUACCUCUGCCUCGCGGGUCUUCAUCAUGGAGCCCCAGUAUAACCCAGCUGCCGUUGCUCAGGCAAUCGACCGUGUCCAUCGCCUUGGUCAAACUCGCGACGUGCAAGUCUUCCAAUUUAUCAUGAAGAACAGCAUUGAGGAGAAGAUCAUGGAACUCGCCAAGAAGAAGCAAGAGAUGGCAGACACGAGCUUGAACCGCGGAAAGCAGAACAAGCGGGAGACUGAUGAGGCUCGCAUGCGUGAAUACCGCAGCCUCUUCAAAUGA